CUUCCUUUCUCGAACUCAAUUUCACGAGGUAAAAGGAGAAUGAGACAAAAAGCAGACAGCAAAGCUGUCUAAGAAUAGGAGGGGGAGUGGGACAGCUCCUGUGUCAAAAACAUUCUUAAAGAGUGGAUCCAUUGUUGUACAGUGUAAACAUUCAACAAAUGUAUAUAACAGUAUUAUGUUAUCCGACAUAUGUACGACGAAGUCAAACAUUACAUGUACAAGUGCAACUAAAAGUACAAAAAAAAGUAAAAUGUUGCUUGGACGCCUUUUAAUUGGCUUGAAUUUGGUCUGUCAUUAGUCUGUGGGAAGCCCCAAGUUUCUUCCUUUCAUAUAUAUAUCUGAUCGGAUCUGAUGUACCGGCAAUUGGAUUGCUUAUAGUUAUGAGGUCUCCUGUGUUGGUCUACUUAAAGGCCUGCGCUCAAGCAUUUCGAGAUGGAAACCUGAAACUUGCCGAUCAGCUCAUGGACAGGAUCUGGAAUCCUGCAUCCAACGAACUGGAAUCCCUUGAAGCAGAAAGCGUCGUUAAGAAAAGGAAACGCUGGGCGGAAGCUUUAGUCCGCCGAGCUUACCGGUUGUAUCCUAAUAUUCCCUUCGUAUAUUUUCCACACCCGCAUCGUUCAAUUUGCGAAAAGGCCAUCCUCAGUGUUAUCAUGGGAAAGGAGCGAGUCCACAUCAUUGACUUCCUUCUGCCAAAUCCAGAUGAUUGGGAAGACCUACUUGAAAACUCAUCUCGUGGACCCGACCGCCCUUCAUCAAUCCGUUUAAGUGUUAUCGCACCACCCUUGCUGAAAAAUGUAUAUGCAACAUUUUUUGAGGAAGCAAUUACGAGUUUUGCUUUACGGGUAUUUUGGGUCAACGUUAAGUGGGAAUUUAAGCUGGUUAUCGCCAAUAGUUUGGCUGAUGUGGACGCAUCUGAACUGGAAUUCAGACGAACAGAGGAUGAGAUUGUAAUCGUCAGGUAUGCGUAUAAAAUGAAGAGAUUGUUGGCACAGCCAGGAACAAUGGAGAGAGAAUUGUUUAAGUUGGGGCAGAUAAAGCCAGAAUUUGUGAUUACGGUAGAGCAGGAGGCCAACCAUAACUCUAAUUUCGUCGAUCCCCUGGAAUUAUUACUUGAAGAAUUUGAAGAUCUUUCAACGAUUAAUUAUACCUCGCUAUCGAUGUGUGCGGUUGAGUGUGAUGGCAUGAACGGGGUUGAGAUGGCUCAGUUGCGAUCCCUCCUGCACGCGGCUGGUUUUCUUCCAUUUCCACUCAAUCAGUCAGAGCCAACUGGCGGCUUUGUCCAAAAGGAAAAUGGGUGUUUGGUGGUUCGCGUGGAGAGAUGGCCACCAGUGAUCAUAUCGGCUUGGAAAUUCACAGAUUCCGUACACCAUUCAAUCUCUGUGCAAGGUUUUCAUCAAAAAUCUUCGAACAACAAUGUACUUCAAACUUUUGAAGUUUUAACCGAGCAAUGUUUUACAUUGAACCGGGUUGCUGCUGUUGCUGAGAUGUAUGACAUACUGGAAUAUGUAUGUUUGGAAUAUGAGCUGCCACUGGGCUUAACGUGGACUUCUUGGGCUAAUAUAAAGCCACUCCCAACAGAAAUUAUGCCUGACUCAUACAAGAAAGGUACUCUAUUCAUCCCAUAUCAUGCUUUUCAUGAUAGUGAUGAUCAGGCUUCUCAAAAGUUCAUGGAUACAUGUGACGCACAUGAGUUGGUAGAAGGGCAAGCUAUUGCUGGAAAACUGCUUCAAUCAAAUGAGAGCCUUUUCAUUCAAGAUAUUACGGAGCUUGAUGGAAGUGAGUACCCAUUUGCUGCUGCUGCAAGGGAAUUUGGUUCUCGAGCUGCUCUCGCGAUCAGUUUUUGCAACCGUUAUGUUGGUGAUGAUGUUUAUGUGCUAGAAUUCUAUUUCCCUUCCUCUAAGAAGAAUUUAGAGGACAAAGAAUUGUUGAAAGACCGUAUCUUACACAACUUGGAAAAUAUGAAGAAAAAGUUUGUAGCACCAAGAGUAGUUAAUGGUACUGGAUCAGUGGGUUUCCGGAAACAAACCAUUUCAAACAGUAUUCCGGUAGUGACAUUGGCUACGAGAACCUCUCUUCCAGUUCCAGCUUCAGCUACUAGUCAUAAUUUGUUCAAUUCAAAUGAAACAAGAUCACUGAAUACAACUGACGCAAAGGACCAUCAUCACGUAGGAACAGAGAAUCUUCAAGCUAAGCAGGGAGCCAAAAAAAAGAAUCGCAGGCAUAUUAACCCCGAGAUGGUGAAAGAAAACAGGGGUACUUUGACAGUCCCACACACCAAACGAAGAAAACUAGUAUCUAAGGUUUGGGAACACUUCACUAAGUUUGAAGAAAAUGCAUUACAAUGGGCUGAAUGUAAAUAUUGUAAUAAGAAGUUUACAGGGUCAAGCAAGAGUGGAACCACACACUUGAAAAAUCAUUUGGAGAGAUGUCCAAUUAAGAAAAUCAAAUUUCCAACACAAAUUAGUAGUGAUUUAACAAGUCCAGGUGCUAAUGAAGGAAACUCAAUUUUUGAUCCAGAAAGGACUCGCCUUGAAUUUGCUAAAACAAUCAUCAAGAAUCAAUGUCUAUUGGAUGUGGUUGAAGAUGAAUGUUACAAAAACUUUUUGAGGACUUUACAGCCAAUGUUUGAACUUCAAUCACGAGAAAGUAUUCUAUCUGACAUAGAUCGCAUCUACAAGGAAGAGAAAAAGAAACUUCGCCAAUAUUUUGAUCAGCUUGGUUGCAACUACAGUUUAGCGAUUAGAUUUGGGGAAGACAAUCUUAAGAAGAAUGUGUAUUGUUGUUUGGUAGCAUACUUUAUUAAUGAUGAUUGGGAAUUGAAAAAGAACAUUAUUGCCUUCAAACUUUUAGACCGUGUCUAUGAUAGUCAGACUGUCAGUGGAAUCAUUCGAAGCUCACUUUUAGAGUGGAAUAUCAGUAAGAAAAUAUGCUCCAUAACUGUCAAUAGCUUAGGUUUGAGUGAUGAUAUAGUUGAACAAAUAAAAGAAAAUUGUCUUCCGGCGGUUGGCCAAGCUUCCCUUCCUUCCGGUGGUUGUUACAAUAGUUGCACUCUCAUUGAGGACGGAUUACAUGAGAUAGAUGAUUUACUUUUAAAAAUAAGGAAAUUGAUUGAAUAUGUCAGUGAAAAGCCAUCGGAGAGAUUGAAGUUUCAAGAUGCAGUAAAUCAACUAAAGUUGCUAGGUGGCAAAUCAAGGGAUGAUUGUCCUUUAAGGUUGGAUUCAGGCUUUGAAAUGCUUGAUUGGGCUUUGGAAUCAAGAGAAGUAUUUUUUCAAGUAGAGCAAAGUGAUGAUAAUUUCGGAAUAAUCUUGUCCAAGGAGGAAUGGGAUAAGGCACUAUUGAUGCACAGUUGUUUGAAGGAAAGUUUAAGUUGUUUUGGGGGAAUUGAUCAAUCUCUUACUGCAAAUGUGUACUUUCCCAAGCUCUGUGGUAUGUAUAGGAAGUUUCUUCAGUUGGAGAAAACCAAUUAUCCGUGUAUGAAGUUGAUGAAGAUGAAAUUUGAUAACUAUUGGACCACCCAUCAUUUGGUUUUUGCUAUUGCAACUGUUCUUGACCCACGGUUAAAAUUUAAAUUUGUGGAGGUUAUGUAUGGUGAGAUUUAUGGUCGUAAUAGCAAGAUGGAGUUGAACAAAUUUCAUAAACUUCUAAUGGAUGUUUAUGAUAAUUAUGCCAAUGAACUUGACAACCAAAUAUCACCUACUGCCAUAUUUGGUGAUUCUAGCUGCUCAACAACACAAAGUGCUGAUGAUUCUAUCUUGAAGUCCUUCUGGAGAUAUGCAUCAAAGAAACAAUUUGAUGAUGUGGCCUCAUGGAAGUCAGAGCUUGAUUGUUACUUAGAAGAGCCUUUAUUAGUUCCCUUAGAUAACAAUGAUGAGUUCUUUGAUAUAUUAGAUUGGUGGCGCAGCAAUACCCUAAAGUUUCCUAGACUUGGUAGGAUGGCUCGUGAUAUCCUAGCAAUUCGAGUAUCUACCGCUCCACCUCAUUCUUCUUUUAGCACUCUGAUAACAAAUCCAAAGAAUAGUGACUUGGGUCCUGAGAUCAUAGAAGCAUUUGUAUGCGGCCAGGAUUGGUUAGAGACACCUCAAACAGAUAACAAAUCAAAUCAUGCAAAUGUGCAAAUCAUGCCUGAUGAUAAAGCAACAUGGAGAAAAACAGAGCCAAGACCGUGGUCUGAGGAGGAUAUUCGGGCAUAUUUAGUUUCACCUUUUACACCAGACGAGGAAAAACAAAUAAGGAGAUGGGAAAGUUCCGGAUUGAGUGGGGAUUCGGUUGUACGAGAAAAGAUGAUCAACGUGGAACCAUUACUCAUUAUCCCUCAUGACAAAGAAUUUCGACAUAAAUAUUAUAUUGAUGAUUCGGUUGUUAAUGAAUUCUUUGAAUUGCUUAAGAGGAGGACUGAGAGGUUUCCUGAUAUGUACGUGAAGCACUAUUCAUUUGACUCUUCUAUAGCACGCUUAAUCAAAGAAAGCAAAACAGAUUCCGUACUACUAGACAAGUUGAAAUCCUCGGUCGAAAAGAAACAAGACAAGAUUGUAGAGUUAAAAGAUGCAGAGAAGCUGUUUCUACCCUUGUGUUUUUUGAGCCAUUGGAUUCUUUUUUAUGUGGAUACCAAGAAGCAGAAAUUAGUAUGGUUAGAUUCAUAUCGCUCUUCAGUACAAAUGUUCACUAAAGAUGUAGAGGACAAAAUCUCAAGGUGGUUUAAAGGAUCUCUGCUGCCAUUUUUGGGUUAUGAUAAUGCAAAUGAAUGGCAAUUUCAAGUGCCAACUGAUAUUCCUAUGCAAGAGAAUCAGGUAGAUUGUGCCCUCUUUGUGAUGAAGUAUGCGGAUUGCCUUACACAUGGUGAUUGUUUUCCUUUCUCCCCAAAAGACAUGGCUCAGUUUCGACAUCGUACCUUACUUGACAUUUACGAGGGAAGUCUUUUUCAACCGGAAUUUAGAGCAAAACAGACGGUAAAGUAAGGUACAGUUGUUGUAACCUUUUACUGCAGUCAGUAUUGUUCAAUCAAAAGUAUUUGUGACACAAUUUAUGUGUCCAUUCUUACUACAAUAUGGAGUUUGUAAUCGCUUGUUGUGGCAAAAUACCUUUUAUGUUGUGAAAAAAGAUAAAUAUUUUGCAACACCAAAAC